CCAUGGUUACGAUGUAUACUACGUAAUUUUUUCUUCCAAGCACUUCACCGUCCCGCGAUUGCAGGUGUUUGGGUUUCUUUUCCACUCUCUCUCUCUCGCUCUCUCUCUCUCUCUCGCCCUCUCUCGCCCUUUCUGGAAUCGCCCGAAUCCAAUCCCUCGAAACGUAGGGUUUUUUGCAAUGCGAUGAUCUAAGCUAUCCUUUCCCAGAUUCAACGAAUCACUUCACUAGUUGCUUCAAAUUCAAUGGUAAUCUGACGUCAUAAGUUAGGCGACUAGCAGAGAGUUGUGGUUGAGGCGCUAGGGUUUGUAAAUUCGGCAGAUCUGAUUUCUAACGAUUCCUUGAAGGCCAUUUUGUUGUUAUCAGAUUCAAGAUGUUUUGGCGUAUGGCGGGUUUAUCCACUGCGUCUCCGGUGGAGACAAUUAUGGAUAAGGAAAACUUUACUUUGGAGGAGCUGCUUGAUGAGGAUGAAAUAAUCCAAGAAUGCAAAGCUCUUAAUAGCCGCCUUAUCAAUUUUUUGCGAGAAAGAGCCCAGGUUGAACAACUUCUUCGGUAUAUAGUGGAGGAAGCUCCUGAGGAUGCUGAGAAAAGACGAAGUUUUAAGUUUCCUUUUAUUGCAUGUGAGAUUUUUACUUGUGAAGUUGAUAUCAUACUCAAAUCUUUGGUGGAGGACGAGGAGUUGAUGAACUACUUGUUCUCCUUCUUAGAACCUGAACACUCUCAUAGUACCCUACUGGCUGGUUACUUCAGCAAGGUUGUCGUAUGCUUGUUGUUGCGCAAGACGGUUCCUUUUAUGAAGUAUAUUCAAGCUCACCAGGAAAUUAUUAGGAAGCUGGUUGACCUUAUUGGUAUAACGUCCAUCAUGGAGGUUUUGAUUCGUCUAAUUGGUGCUGAUGAGCAUCUGUAUACUACUUACACAGACUCAUUGAAGUGGUUAGAUGAUACGGAUGUGCUGGAGAUGAUUGUCGAUAAGUUCAGUGCAUCAGAUUGUCCUGAAGUGCAUGCUAAUGCAGCAGAAACGCUCUGUGCUAUAACUCGAUAUGCUCCCCCGGGCUUAGCUGCUAAAAUCUCCAGCCCAAGUUUUAUUGGAAGACUCUUUCGUCAUGCUCUGGAGGACUUGCGACCUAAUUCUGUUUUGGUGAACUCGUUGUCCGUAUUCAUCUCUUUGUUAGACCCCAGGAGAUUGACCUUGGGGACAUACCAUAUAUACAGCCGCCAGCUGAAUUCGGGAUCGACAACAAGUGCUAAUCCAGAGACUGUAGAGGGCAUGCUGGGGAGUCUAGGUGAUUUACUCAAGCUUCUGGAUGUUUCAUCAGUGGAAAAUGUGUUGCUCACUACAUAUGGCAAGUUGCAGCCACCUCUUGGAAAACAUCGUCUGAAGAUUAUAGAGUUCAUCUCAGUCUUGAUGACUGUUAGUAGUGAAGCUGUUGAAAAGGAAAUGAUCCGCCUUUGCGCUGUAAAACGCAUUUUAGACUUGUUUUUUGAGUACCCAUACAAUAAUUUUCUGCAUCACCAUGUAGAGCACAUAAUUAUGUCUUGCUUGGAGAGCAAGAAUGCUUCUUUUGUUGAACAUCUCCUUAAUGACUGUAAUCUCGUUGGGAAAAUUCUUGAAGCAGAAACUAACUUCACAUUGGCUGCUGAUCCAAAUAAGCCUACCAUCCCUGCAGAGGGUAAAUUGCCACCGAGGAUAGGGAAUAUUGGACACACAACUCGUAUAUCUAACAAGCUUGUUCAAGUAGGGAACAACAACAGUGACAUACAAGCAUAUCUACAGGAGAACAGUGAAUGGGUAGACUGGCAUGCAAAUGUUCUAGUCAAGCGCAACUCUUUGGAAAAUGUCCAACAAUGGGCAUGCGGGAGGCCAACAGCCUUGCAUGAUCGGACUAGGGAUAGUGAUGAUGAUGAUUACCAAGAUAGAGAUUAUGAUGUAGCAGCUCUAGCAAAUAAUUUGAGCCAGGCCUUCCGAUAUGGCAUUUAUGGCAAUGAUGAUAUCGAAGAGGCUCAUGGCUCACUUGAGCGAGAUGAUGAGGAUGUAUAUUUUGAUGAUGAGUCUGCAGAAGUUGUGUUAUCUUCGCUUCGUCUUGGAGAUGACAGGGAAAGUGGCUCUCUUUUCACGAAUUCCAAUUGGUUUGCCUUCGAGGACGACCGAACAAUAAAUGAGCUCUCAGCUGACUCCAUCGCAUCUCCCUCACCUAAUAUUGAUGACUCCGAAGCUGUCAACACUGUUGGUGAUGCCGAAGUUAUCAUAGACAAAGAUGAGGAUUUAGCUGAUACUGCAACUUCUCAACCGCCCGAACCAAAUGCCAGUUCAGAACCCACAUCAGUUAAUUUUUCGGGCGAUUUGUGUGAAACCGGAGCCAAAGAGAUUGAAAAUCCACCUGAAUGGGUUGAAUGGAGGGAGACUUCAGAUUCAGUGGAUUCAUCUGAUCUUGAAAAGCCAUCCAUUUCACCAAAUGGUGAGGUUCAAGUGGAACUGGAGGAGCGGAACAAAAGUAGGGACCCAACUGUAGCCAAUCCUUCUCUAUCCUCAGCUGAUGCUUCCAUAGAUGAUAGCAAAAUGGACAGUGGAGGAUCACCAGAUUCAACAGAUUCCAGUUCAAAGCCUUUUCAGGCUCCGGACUGGGUAGAUGAUAAUCCGAACAGUGACACUAGCUGUACUCCUGUUGAUUUGGAUAAGCCUGUUGCCACAGAAGGCUCUUCCGGAGCUGUGGAAAAGGAGGAAAAGGUUGAAGUGGGGAUUUUGUAAAUUCACUUUCUCGGUUCGACGACUGGGCUAACUAAUACUUGGAGCCAUUGAUCUGGUGGGAAGGUAACCCCAAUACACGAUACUUAUGGGUGGCUAUGCUCUACGUUGUUUACCUUUUAGAGCCUUCUGUACAUUAUGGGUCUUAACAGUCAAAUAGGGCUGAUCAUUCUUUCCCCCAUCAGAAUUAGGUAAAUGAGUGCUCCCUCUCUCUCAAGCUGUUCGUCUGAGUGAUUACUUAGGUUGGAAUGUGAUACUGGUUAAUAAUACAGUACCCAUUAUAGCUUCUGCAGCUAGGUGAACCUGAUAAUACAGUGGUGCUUAUAGUAAUUCGCAGUGACCAUGUCUAUAUGAUGUAGUUGUCUGUGCCCUGUCAGUUUUAGAAUUUAUCUGGGAAUUUCUCGUUUUUGUUACAGUAAUUUAAUUCAGUUUUGUUACUUCAAUAAAGGAAUUCAAUCUGCAAUGAA